UGCUAAAUAUUUACCCACUCCUUCGCCUCUGAGCUCUGCUCUGAAUCGCUUGUGUCGAAGUUAAUCUAAAAAUGUCUCCGAGCAGUUUCAGGCUUUUAAUCAAGAAUGCAACGCAAGUGGUGUUAGUUUGUAGGAAUGGUGAAAAGUACCUCACCAGAGAUGGGAUGCAGACGCUGGCCGUCGUUGAGAAUGGCAGUGUGCUGAUUGGACAUGAUGGACUAAUUAAAGCUGUUGGACCAGCAGACAUCAUUGAGUCUCAGUUCAAAGGAGCAAAGUUUGACAAUAUUCUGGAUGCUUCUGGCAUGUGUGUCAUCCCUGGCCUGGUCGACGCACACACACAUCCAGUAUGGGCCGGAGACAGAGUGCACGAGUUUGCCAUGAAGCUGGCCGGUGCCACAUACAUGGAAGUGCACGAAGCAGGAGGUGGAAUCCAUUUCACGGUGACACAUACUCGCUCGGCAACCGAACGCCAACUGUUAGAUGGGUUAAAGAGCCGUCUGGAGCGCAUGAUGAGAGCUGGAACCACGCUGGUGGAGUGUAAGAGCGGAUAUGGGCUUGAGCUGGACACUGAACUCAAGAUGCUGAGGGUGAUCGAUGCAGCCAGAAUCUCACUCCCCAUUGGGAUAUCAGCAACAUACUGCGGAGCCCAUGCAGUACCCAAAGGUAAAACUAUGGAGGAAGCCACUCAGGACAUUGUGGCAGUGCAGUUGCCCAGGAUAAAAACGCAGAUUGCUUCAGGCGAACUGCAGGUGGACAACAUUGAUGCAUUUUGCGAGAAAGGUGUGUUUGAUCUGAAUUCGACACGUUGCAUACUCAAGGCUGGCAAAGAUAUGGGCCUCAACAUCAACUUUCACGGCGACGAACUCCAUCCCAUGAACUCGGCACAUCUUGGGGCAGAGCUCGGCGCUUUAGCCAUCAGCCAUUUAGAAGAAGUGACAGAUGAUGGAAUUGCUGCAAUGGCAAAAGCUAAAACAUCAGCGGUCCUCCUGCCCACCACUGCCUAUAUAUUAAGGCUUUCUCCACCACGAGCGAGAGAUAUGCUUGAUGCUGGAGUCAUAGUGGCCCUUGGCAGUGACUUUAACCCCAAUGCCUACUGCUGCUCAAUGCCUAUGGUGAUGCACUUGGCUUGUGUGCUGAUGAAGAUGUCUAUGCCGGAAGCUUUGGCCGCAAGUACUAUAAAUGCAGCCUACGCUCUCAACCGGUCACAUACGCACGGGUCACUUGAAAUCGGGAAACAGGGAGACCUUGUGAUCAUCAGCGCACCACGGUGGGAACAUCUGGUGUACCAGUUCGGAGGCCAUCAGGAGCUCAUCAGAUAUGUGAUAAUCAAAGGCAAAAUUGUUUAUGAAAAUGACAAAAUCUUGAACCUCUGAGGAUCCUGGACCAAUCCUUCAAUGAAUCUGAGUGAAAUUGUGUGGUAAAAUUGUAUUACCAUGGAAUCAUGCUCAAUGAUAAAAUAAUGUUUUACUGAUAAAAAUGCAUAAAUAAAUAAUUUGUAUAAAUAUUCACGCAAAUUAAAGGUUUAAAAAAAGCUG